ACGGUGAGUACGGCUACACGGCCCCUGUCACUUUCCUCACAGCUUCCUCGGGUGUUCCAGUUUGAGAUUCUGCGACAGUUAUCGACAAGAACACCAACACCUCAACCUCCUCCACGAGUUGUAUCCCCGUUCUCUCCUCGUAUCCCACUCAGUCACUGGCAACUUGAAGCUGCUCCCCAUCCGAUUCUCUGCCCACCCGAUCUCGCAUCUGCUAUAUUGUCUGCUGGUCUCAGUUCAGUGCAAGCCCCCUUAGCAUCCAUCACCAAUACCAGUCUCACCUCUUCCUCCCGCAAAAGCAGGAUCCGACGGAUUUCCUUGGACGUCUCUGCUCCUCCUCCUAUCAGCAACGUGAGCCGAAUCUUGUUGCGAACGUGGUCGCAAACGUGGUCGCAAGUGCAACCGUAGGCCCCUCGAUCUCAUCACAAUCGUCAACUUCACCAUCGCAGGUCGGUACUGAUUUCCCAGCUUCCAGCUCUCUGGUUCCCCCACCUGCACCCUUUGUUCUGCACCUGCACGCGGCACCUUUAGCUUCCUUUGUGUCAAAACAUCAUCUCACCUUCAUGCAGACACCUCCACUUCCUCCACCAUACAAACUGAACACCCGUCACGAUAACUACCACAACCGAUCUCCCUCCCCUACACAAUAAACAAUUCACCCAUAAACAUGGCAGCUCCUGGAACUCAGUCGCUCAAGGUUCGUCUCUUGAACGCCACCCACUAGAGACUAUGAUAGCAAGAGAUCUUGACUAACUUAAAUAGUGCGUCGUCACUGGUGAUGGUGCUGUCGGAAAGGUAUAUGAUCAACCGAUUACCUGCGAUGGACUUGCCGGGUUUGCAGCUGCUAACGACAUUUUCAUAGACAUGUCUCCUUAUCUCCUAUACUACGAAUGCCUUUCCCGGCGAAUACAUUCCUACCGUGUGAGUGAAGAUGGAUGAGGUGGUGGAGGUUUGGUUUAUCUUGCGCCAUACUGACUGGAGGUCUUAGCUUUGACAACUACUCUGCGAGUGUCAUGGUUGACGGAAAGCCAAUCAGCUUGGGUUUGUGGGAUACUGCUGGUCAAGAAGAUUACGAUAGACUGCGACCGCUUUCCUACCCACAAACCGACGUUUUCUUGAUCUGCUUCUCUAUUGUCAGCCCACCUUCCUUUGACAACGUUCGCGCCAAGGUAUGUCAAAUAUUUUCUAGAUUACCAAGAUAAAACACUGAUUUGUGUUAUUUCCAGUGGUUCCCAGAGAUUGAUCACCAUGCUCCUUCCGUUCCCAUCAUUCUUGUUGGUACCAAGUUGGAUUUGCGUGAGGAUCCCGCCACUUUGGAGAGCUUACGAGGGAAGCGCAUGGAGCCAGUUUCAUACGACCAAGCCUUGAUUGUUGCCAAGGAUAUCAGAGCUCAUAAGUAUUUGGAGUGUUCUGCUCUCACCCAACGAAACUUGAAGAGUGUGUUUGACGAGGCUAUCCGGUUAGUACCUUGCUAUGUAGUAUAUCUUGUGUUUUGAUAAAAUUCUAACCCAAAUCCCAGUGCUGUCUUGAGCCCAAGACCCCAGAUCGUCAAAAAACAAAAGGGAAAGUGCACUAUUCUCUGAGGGACGAAAAACAAUCUAAUAAACCAAUGCGUACGGCGGUAAUUAAAUGCAAACAUGUCAGGAGUAUUAUGGGUACAAUCUUCAUUCAAGGGAUUCGGUUUUGAGAUUAAAGCUUCCAUUGUUUCUCUUUUCGGCUGGUUUAGAGAUUCCGGAGGCUCAAGCUCAUUGCAUUUGGAGGGAAAAAGGAUAACAUGGAAAGGGGGGACGGAGGUGUCGAAGCAUAGGAAGAAUGUCUGUCAACUGGCAACAUUGCUCCCAUAUUCCCUACUCUUCCCCCCUUGGAAAAUGGUUUCGCUUGCCCUUUCUUUUUAUGGAAAGAAAAUAGAGGAUUUCCUAGUUUUUUGCUUUAUAACCUUGGGGUCUUUUUCUCUGUC